AUGGGAGACAUGUUCUUACUUUGGAAAGAGCACGGUAUUUUGCCUGAAUCCAGCGUUCGGAUAUAUGGCGCUGAACUCGCCUUAGCUCUGGACUUCCUGCACAAUAGCGAUGUUAUUUAUCGGGAUUUGAAGCUUGAGAACAUCGUAUUGGAUUCGAUUGGGCAUGUGAAAAUAGUGGACUUUGGAUUGGCAAAACACCUGAAGAGCGGCGAACAAACGAACACCAUCUGUGGAACACUGCAGUACAUGUCACCUGACGUCGCCGCAGAAAAGCACUACUCGCACUACGUUGACUGGUGGUCCUUGGCCAUUGUUCUUCAUAUUCUCAUCACUGGAAAGUAUCCAUAUCCCAACGCCAAUGCCACUCAUCAUAGUCAUCUCAGAUUCGUUGACUACAGCACUCCUUUGACCUGUAGCCAAGAGCUGGGAGACUUAUUUGAUCAGAUGUUGGCAUUUCCACACACGACACGACUGCGAUCAUUCGAAGCCUUUCGCAAGCAUAAGUUCUUUGCAAGUAUCAAUUUUGACGAUGUGGAAGCUUUAAAGUACAAUCCCCUGGAGGAUGUGUUGAAGAAUGGGAAGACAACAGCUGUGCUGGAUGUUAUCGAUUGGGACUCCGAAGAAAAUCUCGGAUGUUUUAACGAGAAUUAUGAGGUCGGUUUUCAAGCAUGUUGA